UUUUUUUCUCUAGCUGUUUGUUUCCUGAGCGGAAUUUCAAUUUUUUUUUUCUUUCUUUUUAGUUUUCGUUUUUUGGACCCUGGCUAGGGUAGACUCCGAUGCUCUCGACUUGAUUAUUAUUAUCAGUCAAAAUUUUCAAAAUAGCGUUGAAGGUUUUGUUUGUCAGGGAUUCAUUUUCCUUUGCCUUUUUUCUCAAAGUUUCCUGACAGAGGACUUGAUCAGCAACUAACACUGUCAAUCCUUGGCGAAUUAUUUAUCAAGCCACUUGAGGAUUGCCUUGCAUACUCUUGGUGUUUGAAGAGCUCAUCCAUCUUCCAAAAUGAAGGGACGUGUAAGAUGGGAUGAGGAUAACAUUGGAGAAAUUGAGGCAAACAAACCCGUGAGGCAGAAAAUUACUGAGCCCAAGACUCCAUAUCAUCCAAUGAUUGACGAUGACGGUUCUCUAUCCCCUGUACGAGGAAGUUUUGAUGCAUGCAUUGGUGAUGAAAAUCCAUCCAUGCAUGCUGAAGCAAUAUGGACUGCACUGAAUGACGUAGCUUCUAGUAGCAGAAGAGACUCUGUACAAUCUGGUGGUUGGACAACAUCUGAGGAUGAGCUAGAAGCAAUGGAGCAAGAUGAUGACGAUUCGGAAUCCGAUAGGAGCUUAAGAUUUAAAGAGCACAGGAAGGCCCACUAUGAUGAAUUUCUUAAAGUAAAGGAGCUGCGACGGCAGGGUUCUCUUGCUGAGGAUGAAAAUGAUGAGGAUAAUAAUUCUGAACUUAGCAAGGGGGAGGAGAAAUGUGAGUCAUCUUCACUGAGUGAUAGUGUAAAAGAGAUGGACAUUGAGGGGAAAAAGUCUUCCACGCCUCCAGCUAAUGGUUCUUAGACAGUGAUCAACAAAUAAAACCCACUGUAAUUUCACAAUCUUAUAUAUAUAUUGUGGGUUGGAAAAAACUAAAUGAUUCACUGUAUUAAUCAUGUAUCAUUUGUGUGUAAAUAGUUUUUCUUACUCCACCAAAUCUCCCUAUGUAAACUUGCAUGAUCCGUUCUGGCAAAUAGGAUCUAUAUUGCAUUUGCUAUCUCCUCAUGAUUAUUAGAUUUGUGUGGGAGAUUUAUACCCAAAAUUUAAAAUCUAUCGGAUUCAGAUCAAUUAAGUUACGAUAGCCAAAUUGAUUUGUGAGAUGUCAAUGACACUGGCUGUUACAUUUCUUCUCCCUACAGCAAGUAUGAUGGA